AGAGGAGGGACACGGGACGUCGUCCAGUCAUCUCUCACUCCCCGAAGAAAACCAGAUUAAGAUUUAUUUUGGCUUCAGUCGAUUUCCGAAGACACUUCACUAUGUCUUUCUGUCGGUUUAUUGGCAGUGAGAUCUACAAGGAUCAUUUUAAAGCAGGAAUGUACGUGUGCUCCAUGUGUAACCACCCCCUGUUCUCCAGCCGGUCCAAGUUCCCUCACUCGUCUCCCUGGCCGGCUUUCACAGACACCAUCAGGGAGGACAGCGUCACCAAGAUGAUGGAGACGCUCACGGCCUACAAGGUCCUGUGUGGAAAGUGUGGCAGCGGACUGGGCCACGAGUUUGUGAAUGAUGGGCCGAAGGAGGGAGCGUCGCGCUUUUGAAUAUUCAGCCACUCGCUCAAGUUUGUCCCCAGCAAAGGCAAGGACAAGCAGUAAAGAGCGAGCGGUGAGGGGGUUUCCACUGCUUCCAGCUGCUGUAUCUGCCGCUCGGUCAGAGUCCGGCGAGCGGGUCGGGCCAGUCGAUGACGCGGACGGGAGGAAAGGCCUGAGAGGGACGUCCUGUCUGCUGAAGGAUCUUUGGCCUGCCUGUGACACUGGGACCAGGCCACAUCUCUGCAAAUAAUCCUUUAUAAACACUUUGUCUCAUUACUUGAAUACCUUGUAGUUAGGCACACUGGAUUACUAGCAUGUCACAUUAAUGUUAGCAUUAAUACAAUGUAUCAGUAUUGUAGCACUUUAAAAAAAAAAAGAAAGUGUACCGGACAUAAAUCAUUGCAUCAUUUAAUCGACUACUUUAUUAAUGCACAUAUUAAACCAUAGAAGCUAUGCACUAAAGUCCAGAUUGUCAUCCUGCAUGUUUUAUUGAUCUUUAAGAUCAUAAAAUUGCAAAGAAACCACCAUACACAAAUCACCUACACAUUUCUUCCCAUUACUGCGAGUUAGUUUAUCAAAAUUGAUAAACUAAACUAAAAUUGAAAUUCUAUAUGUCCUUUUUUUUUAUCUUUAUUAUUUGUUUUAAAGACCAUGUUGUCAUAAAUGUGAAUUUCUUGAAUAGUUUAGUUGGAAAAAAUGCAUUUUUUUUCUCAUAUGAAGAAAAAAAACAAUAAAUUAUAUUUGAUAGAUA